ACUGAGCGGGGCAAAGGGAAGAAGAUACAGAAAGAAAGCAGAGGGUGCCGCUAAAUCUGGAGUAGAUGAUGCUUAUUUGCCGCAGGCCCCGCCAUCGUGAAAUUGGAUACCGACUUGCGGCGGAUGGGGUGACCGAGCUUGCUGCUCCGCCGGGGAGGUCCCUGCCUUCGGACGUUACCGGGGUGGGAGCUGCCUGUGCCCGGUUCUAAAGAAGGAAGGAGUGGCAAGAGGGAAAAUGCAGACGGAGGAGGAGACGGCCACCGCAGAAGAGCCCAUUUUGGAGGAAGGGUCAGGACGAGAGCAGCAACGGCCGGUCCAACAGUCUCUGGCGUCCUCCCUGUGCCGGGAGUCCCAUUGGAAGUGCCUCCUCCUGACCCUCCUCAUGUACGGCUGCUUUGCCACGCUGGCCUGGUGCGCUCUCUGCCGCGUCCCUGUCCUCGGCUCCUCCUCCAUAACUCUCGGCGGUGACGAUGGCGCCACCUCCGCGGCCUACUAUAAUGACAUCCCCCACCUGGAGAGUCCGUGCUCUAGCGGCUACGUCUACAUCCCCCUGGCCUUCCUUGCCAUGCUGUAUGUGGUUUACUUGGUCGAGUGCUGGCACUGCUUCUCCAAGACGGCAAUGUUGGCUAAUGCUGAAUUCCAGGAAGUGUACGAGCGUGUGCAGAGACUUCAGCAGGCCACACCCUGCAUUUGGUGGAAGGCCAUUAGCUAUCACUACGUGAGGCGGACCAGGCAGGUGACAAGAUACCGAAACGGAGACGCAUAUACGACCACGCAGGUGUAUCACGAGCGGGUGAACACGCACGCCUCCAGUUCAGAGUUUGACUACGCGCGAUAUGGUGUCAAAGACGUAUCAAAGGAGCUGCUGGACCUGCAGCUGCACCCUGCUGUUCGCCUCCGCUUCACCAAGUGUUUCAGCUUCUCCAGUGCACGUGCUGAAGCUGCCUACCUCACCCAGCGAGCUCGCUUCUUCGGGGAAAACGAGGGACUUGACGACUACAUGGAGGCCAGGGAAGGGAUGCACCUGAAGAAUGUGGAUUUCCGCGAACACAUCCUGGCGUUCCCAGAUCCUACUCACCAGCCCUGGUUUUCUAGGCACAGGGUGUUCUGGCUGGCUUCUGCUUUCCUCCUGUCAUGGCCGCUGCGGGUCGUUUCAGAGUAUCGCACAGCAUAUGUCCACUACCAUGUGGAGAAGCUGUUCGGAGAGGACGAGGAUGGCGGGGGAGGAGGGCCAGGCGGAGGAGGAAGAGGGGAUGGGGUCGAAGGAGGGACUGAGAACGGAAUCCACCCAGGAGGAAUCGGGAUUGGGAUCGGUCUAAAUGGGACAAGUUACAGAGCCAUAUCGCGGGUCAACACGGUGGACAUGACAGAAUUGGAGUGGCACAUCCGCUGUAACCAACAGAUGGUCCCGAGCUACUCUGAAGCCCUCCUAAUGGACUUAGGAGACAUAAGUGGGGGGUCAAACCCUACCGCUUCUACACCCAUCUCUGGGCCUACAGUCUCCACCCCCAGCCAGGGCCCCAACCCACCUCCUCUAGCUCUGCCUGUUGUUUUCAACUCUGCUUACCUCCUCCAAAGCUGCCCCCGAUGUCGGAGGACCACAUCAAGUUCCAGUCUUCCUUCCAGGCUAAGGGCCCCUAUGGGAACCACAGCCCUCCUGAACGCUACCGUGGCAGGCAUCAGGGCAGCAGGGCAGGGAGGUGGGGGUAUAGGAGGAAGGUUAGUGCUCAGUCGAAGUGGAUUCUCUCUAGGGAGACUUGGAGGAGGGCGCCAGAACAGUCUGUUUCAUUCAAGAAGCAUGGGAGGAGGGCUGGGAGGAAGUAGGGAAGAUGGAGGAGGAAGUGGAGGCGGAGGAGGUAGUGGAGGAGGAGGAGGAGGAGUAGGAGGUGGUGGUGGAGGAUUCCUUGGGUUAGGUUCCAGACAGGACAACGAGGAGACCAGAGGAGUGCUAGAAGGAGAAGGGGAUGACGACGAAGAAGAGGAGCAGGAGGAGGAGGAGAGGAGAGUGGAACAGGGAAGAGGAGAAGGAGAGAGAGAUGAAGAAGCAGAGCAAGAAAGCGGAGGGGGAGUCGAAGUCAGGGAGGGUGAUGGAGGAGGGAGGGACCGUCCUCCAUCAUACCAGGACGCAUUCUUCUUUCCCGUCCUCAUUAUACACGGAGAGGAGAGCUGCCACGCUGGCGACGACAUGUGACGAUCAGAAAACAAACACAUUAAGAGCAAGAAUGUCUGGGCAGAGGCCGAGGGAGAUGAAAGAACGCACUGAACACAAAGGAAAGAUCAGAGAACAUUGAAUUAGGGAAAAUGAGAUAUGAUAGACAUGACGAGUAAAUGAAAUGAGAACAGAAUGAGGUUGAAAGAAAAGAGAUGGUUGACGGCAUAGCAACCACAGAAAGAAGAAAGGAUUCACAACAGAACAAAGCAUAAGAGGUAAGAACAGCUGCGACAGACAGAAUUACAAAGGAAAGAGAGGAAAAAGGCGGCAGUGAUGAUGGAUAGACGAAUGAUGGAGUCGAAAGGGAAUGGAAAUGUACUGUACAAGGGGUGGAGAGUAUACAGGAGAAAGCCAGGAAACGCACAGGUUCAGAAGGAGAUGAGAGCUGAUAGGGAGCGCAACUGCAGGAUAAUAUGAAGUCUAAGUGAAAAAAUCUUUGCAAUUGUGGACUUUGCUUCACAGAUUGUGAGAAAGAGAGGGACCAAUUGGAUACUUUGUAGGACAGAAACAGAAAGACUGAAAACACGGGAAUGUCUAUUUCCAGAUAUAUCUAUGCAAGAGCAGGAGUGGGAGGAGAAACGAGUCUAAAGAUGGCAGGUUAGAGAGGAGCGGAGAGACUCCAAACCAGCUGAGUGGUAGUAGGUAUUUAAAAAAAAAAAAAGAAACAACAGUGGAGGAAUUGCGAAAAAGGCAUUUUGAACACUUGAAACAAAAAUUCGAACACAUAGGUGGAAUACAAAUUCGGCUCAUUAAAAAGAUGAAAUGCAGAAAGAGGAAAGAAUUCCCUUAAUAUUUCAGAUGACAGAGGAAAGGAGAAGUAGAUGGAGGUAAACAUGACAUUUGGCAAGGUGAAAAAAAUGGCAAGAGAGGAGAGUUAAAAAUCCAGGAGUAUCGGAGCGCAGCACAGAAACAAUAGACAAAGCAGCAGUAGAAUAUAAAACUGACCAAGACAGAGCAGAUCACCCUAUAUUGUGUUUUCUAUUUGACAGAGUUAUCAAUAGGAUUUACUCAAGAGGAGGAGAAAAUAGAUAUAAAGGAUUAAUCACACAGACAAAACACCAUCCGAGCAGCUAUUCUGACCAGGAAAUCAAAUAACAUUCAAACAGGUCCCAGUCCUUUUCAUGUCUUUUUAAGCUUUGCUACACAACUUCACACAGCAACUGGCAAGCAACCGUAAUCGUAAUAAAAGAGGAGAAACAUUGAUUUCCUCCCUCCUCUUCAUGCAUCCUCUUACUCCUCACUUCACCAUUAGCUUCCGCACCACUUUCUAUCCAUUACUGAUAUGGAGCUGAUAGAAAAAACUCUUCUUCCGGCUCCUCUUUUCUCAUGUUCCCAUCUGCUCUCCUCCCUCCAUUUUGUCACCUCUUCUAUUCUUUCAACACCUCUCUGCCCUCAAAACACAUGCACUGCUUUUUUGAAUCACGACAAGUUAGGUGCAACAUCUUUUUUUGCAAUAAGCAGAUGUUGUGUUACAAGUGAAGUGAGAGUGUGUUGUACCCAAAAUACAUCCACUGCAUCCAACAUUAACCUCUCCCUCUUUUAUUCCUCUGCCAUCUUCUCUCUUCCGCUCCUCCCUUUCCUCUUUUUAAAGUGGUGGUUAUGUGAUACACCUCUCCCUGCUCCUCAGAUCAGAUUUCAUCUCGGCUCACUCCACAAAUCACAUCUCCUCUAGGCGCAGGUUUCUCCUCUAGGAUCAUAUUUUAUGAACCAGAUAUUUCCCAGUUAUAUGAAGUUUUUUAUGACCUCUCGCUAUGUCUGUAUAUUGUCAAAGAAACAGAAUGAGCAAAUAAUGUGGGCAAUUUGAUCAGUGAAUUUACCCAAUGCAUAGAGGAGCAAAAUAUGUCCUUUUAAAGAUAUUAAAAAGCUGCUAUCACAGGGUGUGAUUUUCACACAAAGAGGAAAAUGUUAAGAAAAUUUCCACCAGGUGUACCUGUGUAGUUGCUCUAGUGCUCUAGUUUGUACCCAAAGAUCAGCUUGCUCAAUAUGAAGAAAAAAAUAACAAUAACCAGUAAAUCUUUUUCCAAUAUUAAUGUACUAUAUACCACAAUACUGUAUGGCAUGAAAAAUCACCUCUUUAUCUCAUUUAUGUCCGUAAUAUUGGACUGCAUGGGAAGUAAAACUUGAGCUGUUGAGCUCAGCUGGCAUACAAUAUCAAAAUAAAACCAACAAAAUGAUCACCAGGAUCAGUAACGCCCAGCCCUGUGAUAGAAUACAUCUGGCCAGAUUGUGCCAUGCUGCUGCCUCCUCCUCUUGAAGAAACACAUGCAAAUAAGUAACAGUGCUCUCUGAAACAUCGCCUCACUAUAAAUUGUGUAAAAGUUAGCUGGCAUAGAGAUGCAUGUAUCUUAAUAACAGCUAUUGUGCAGGAGCGACGAAUAGCUAUGUAGCAAAUAUUUUUGCCAUUGCAAAAUGCAGUGUCAAAAAGGCAGUGAUCCAUGAUCAAUCAGCAUCAUAUUUUUAGAUACAUGUAGACAAAAAUCCAUAGGGAUUAACCUACUUUGAUAGUUGGUAUGUUUUAGUGGAGGUCCCAGGGGAGACAAUUGGCACAGACAACUUAACUCUCAGUGCAUAUAGUUUUCAAAGCACACUAAACCUGCUACAGUAGCAAGAAGCAGUUAGAGUAGUUAGCUGAACAUUUCUUAACCUUUCCUGCAUAGUGCCCUUCAAAGGUCACUUCAGCCACUUUGUGAUGUUGGAAGGGUCUCCCUCGUUCUCUAUCUGCUUAUGUCGGACAUUAUACUGAAAAGCACACUUAAAGAAUACAGUUGGAGAGAAAUCUGUUGAAAACAGAGCAAAAAUAAAGCUUGAUACAUUUCAGGAACGGUCGAGACAUGUUAAUGAACGUGCACACAAAUAUGGAUACUGUAAACAUCCAACAUGGUUUCAGCAGAGACAGCAGGGAACGUUCUUUCAAUGAAACUUUCUGGAAGGAUUAAGUAGAGCACGGGUGCUGGCCUGGUUUGGUGUACGGGACACACAUUCACACACACACACACCGAUUCUGGCUCACGGAUCUUCGCUAGCUUUGGGGGACAUCAAGCUGAAGUGGGCACAAGGAAACAAAUGGACAGAGUAAUUAACAGAAGACAAUUGACGGAGAAAAUUGACAGCAACAAAGACAAGUGCUUCUAUAUGAGUGGACAAGUGGAAAAUGACAAAGAUGUGCUUAAACAGCCACUGAAAGGAAGAAAAUGUGAGAUUAAAAGACAAUUAUUUUUACAGCUAUUUACCAUUAUCUCAGUCUCUUGACUUGUGGAUAAAAUCGUCUCCAUUAAUGUCCCCUAACAAAAAGAAGCACUAAAAAGCACUGACCACACUUCUGUGUUUAUUUGAUUGAGUUGCUUACACAAAUUUCCGAUCACAGCGUUUGUUAUUUGUCCGUAUAACCAGUCAGCCAUUCACUAUAAAAUAAUGUAGUGAGAUCCAAUUCAAAAUCUGAUUGCUUUUACAUUUGUACCGAAAUACUUUGCCAUCAAAAACAAGUGAUUUGCUACUUUUAUACCAUCUGCAUACUUGAGUAGACAUUAUUUCAGGUUGUUUAAGUGAUGUCUAAAAUCCAAAUGCCUUUGUAAGCUUCAGAAAUGUUCUCAUGUCUUUUUUUAUUUUGUUUUUUUUAUUUUUGUAAGACAGACAACGAUCUUGGCUUCUCAAUGAGCUUUCAUCGCCGAGGCCUCCGAUUCUGAAUUGUGUAGGGCAUUUGGACUCAGUUAUACUUUCUUGCAAGUCUAGUUUAUUUAUGUAUUUAUUUAAAACAGAAAAUUGUAUUUCACUCAUAUGUGUUGUGACUGGAUAUUUAUACUGUGUUUUAUUAUAUCAGAGUGUCAAAAGUGUGUCCUCAGCCGCUUCAGGUGUGCCAAGAGAACUUUGUGCCCAUGAUGUCUUACACAAACGCACACACUCAUGCGCGCUUGCAUGUUUAGCCACAGCAGUAAAGCAGCCAUUAUAACAGCUUAUUUUAGACUAGAGUGACAUUAAUCCAAUACCCAUAAUAGGCCCACACAUGCAGAGUCUUAACACAAACAUGCACACACACACUGAAAGCAUGGAACUGUCCUGCAAUGUUGCCUUUGUGUCCAACGCUGCCAACUUUUUUGCUCAGGAUUUCAGUUUAUGCUGCAUUCCUGUGUCAACACAAGCUGUCUUUCACACAUCCAUCAUGCCAAAGCAAACAACAAAAAACAAAAAUAAAGCAUCACAGAGAAAAUGCCUGAGCUCACACACAUGCACAUAGACAAUAGCAGCUUGUACAGGGGUCCACACAAUGUGCAAUAGUAUGCUCUGUACUGGUGGAGUGCUACAGCACCAAACAUUUGCACGAAAUGACAAAAGGGUGGGUUUACUUAGGAGCAAAAAUAAUAGAUGUCUAUCAAGUAGAGCCCAACCAAUAGGAACUUUAAAAAGCCAAUACGGAUUUGAGAGGGGGAAAAAUUAUUGAUAUUUCAGCUGAUAUAUUGCAUUUUUGAACUGCAAUGAAAAUAGAUCUGUGUUUUCGAUGUGGACUGUGCAGUGGUUUUGCACUAUGACUAUGCAAAGGCUGCUUCCUUAAACAAAUAACUACAUCAAGGAAUAUUUCACAUUAUAUGCGUUAUACGUACAAAUUUAUUUAAUUACCAACCAAUUCUAGAAUGAAAACUGAUUUUAAAAAAUGAAUAAAAGUACAGUAAUUAGCUAAAUAAAUGUUUUUCAGAAUCCAUAAAUUGCAAAGAAUAAGAAAUAGCCAAUACCAUUUGUAAAUCACCUCAAGCUUGGUUUUCUGCAUUAUAUGUUCUGUAAAAAAAAGAUAUUGGCACACCUCAAACAACAUAUAGGUUGAUUAAUUGGUCGGGCUCUACUAUAAAGUGAUCUUAAUCGGCAAAAUGCCCAGGUGCAGCUCAUGUAAAUCCACCUAGAAUGUGUCUUAUACAUUGUGGUAUGUUUGGUCGGGUUUUUGUCCACUAGGUGGAAGCAAAGCCUUAUAUAUUGUGACAACACAGAGAUGUGGUACUGUAUUUAGAGGGUAAUCCAACAGGGUAGAAAACAGCUGCUGUCCUGCUCUUUGUAACAUGUUCCCCAUCUGCACACACUCAGUCAGUGAUGUAAUUUGUCUUUGGCAGCUGAUUAAAAGCACCUGCUGUGGCAUCACUGAAUGUGGGCAGAUGUGCAACAAACCUGAAAGUUUAAACCUGCAGAGAGCAGUGCAGUCCUGUGUGAUUGUGCAUUUAUCUUCACUGAUUUUAUUAUUUUCCUUUAACUGUGACUGAAUGUGUUGCAAAGCAAUAUUACCCAUAUCCCUGCUUUGUGGCUGAACUUGUAGAUGUUGCUCAGCAGCUUUCUGAACGUAUAACCACAAGCAAUGGGAGCUUCAGUCAUUAAAGUGACAGCACUGUUAGAUAAAGGCGUUUGCAUUUUCUGACUGAGCCUCCAUUUCAACUGCGUAACUCAUUAUCUGUUGCUCUAUAAGACACAAACUACAAAUAAAAUGACAGAGAGGAAGGUGGUUUGGUUUGUGCUCAAUAUUUUUACCACUCUAAAAUACACAUGUUUUUUGUGCCCAUGCAUAGUUUGUUUGUUUUGCGUGGGCACAAAUUUCUGCUCUCAUGUUCCACCUUUUUAUCAACAUCAUCACUUGACUAUCUUAUAAAAUUCUCUAGCAAUUAUGACCGAUGUAUUGUUGUCAAUACUGUUACUGUUUCUCUUGUGGUCAUGGGAUGAUUCAAGUAGUCAUACCGAGUUUGUCAAACACUGUAAAAAAACAUGUUGAGAAUUAGUUUGACUUGAAAUCACAUGAAUUCCAGCUGCAUUUUGACUUUUGAUUUCCAGAAGCACUUGGGUUAGUCUAAUGUGGAUACUACAAACUAUCAGGUAACAAAUAGAAGCUGGUGACUAUGUUUAACACAAAGUUAAUGUCAUUGAUAUGAAGUAAAAUUGACCAAAAACAGAAUUCAGGGUAUUCGUUUGACCUCUGGCCUCAGACACUUUAAUGUAAAUCUGUAUAUCCCUCAGAACUAAAAAAUAGCAGCCAAGAUUACUGUCUGGUAUUAUCCACAGACACUUUUCUUUGCUGCCCUUUUCAUAAUGAAUAACAGAAGUUUUUUCAUUGUGCAAAAACUAAUGUAGCUAUACUGAGCCUUGUAUCUGUGUGAUACAUGUAUCACAAUCCUUUGUUUUUGCACUGGAAUAAUGAGCAGCUGUGUGUCGUUGCUGUCCUUCAUGCAACAACAUGAUGACUGUAUGUAAAAACUCCAACGCUGAUAAUCACAUUAUUCUCUAUGGCUGUAAUGUGUCAGUCAGAGCUUUACUAUGUGAGGAAAUUUACAGCUAUUAAUCGCUUUGUAUUGCCAAUGUGUGAACGAAUUGUAAUGCAACUUAAAAUGAAGACCUUCCCCAACUUUCUCGGUUGCCUCUUACAGUCUGUUGACUGAUUUCAGUGUAAAAGAGUUGCCUUGUCUUUCUUUAGCUUCCUUUCAGCACCAAGACUGUGCAGCACUAGCUUGCUUGCUAAUGUUGUCGCCAGCAAAAUACUGUCUGAUUGGAUAUGUUAGUUGGCUAUCUUAGUCCAUGAUACUAACAUGAUUUUAUCCAAUGAUUUAGCAGUAAAAAAUAAAAUAAUAUAUAUGCAAGGAUUGAUUUCUACUAGCCAAAAGGGAUGCAAGGCAGGGGCGGCCAACUAGCUAACUGAAACCUAAGCUAAGGUUAGCCAGCUAACUUUGUGUGUCUCGUUACGUAAUUACCUCACUUCUGGUAGUUACGUCAGCUGUGUAACUACCUCACUUCCAACCGACAGUUGCUUGCAUUUAUUUAACUCUUUUGUAACAUGCUAACCAUGUACUUUUUGCCUCAAGUAAGUAGAUUUGUUACCUAAACCUAAAUAAACUGUGUUUAACAUACUACACUAAUUUAGGAAAUGCUCCAGUGGGUAGUAUUGGAGAGUAAAACCAAAAACCUAUGUCGUCAUAUGGUUUGGAAGACUUGUUCAUCAUGUCACUGUUUUUGGCUGAUGCCCAGGAUGCUUGCUCAUAUGUCGUGUGAGCAUCGGGAUACUCACUGCAGUUAACUUAAUGGCCACCUGUGCCAUUUAUAACAAGACUUUUCUGAGAAUUCCACAUAAUAUCUUUAAGGUAUCACAUUAGUGUCAGUAUUAUUAGCCUACUGAUAUACAGUGUCUGUGUCAAGGGUAAUUUUAUGAUCAGGGUCAGAUUAUAGCUGGUGUCAAUUUUUAAAAUAAUUGGAGAUGAUUGGAGUGAGAGAUGUAUGAUGGAGUGCUUAAAAAUGUGCUGUGUCACCUGAUUGUUAGUUGAGUAUCACCAUUGGACAAUAAAGCUAUUAAAAGCUAUAUUCAUCUUUAAACCUUGACUCCAAAACUUGUGACUUAGCUUGUCAGUUUAGCAAGAGCUGCAUAUCUCUCAGUUCCAGAGAUGAUCACGUCUCAUGACACUUCAGGAUGCUCUUUUUUUUUUUCUCCCUGCAAAAUAUUUAAUGCUGCUGGAUUACCUGUGUGCUGUCAAACAAAUGAACUGUUACCACAAUGUAGUUGUUAUGUACAUGCAGCCUCUAUGGAGUUCAAACAAUAAUGUCACAUACAAUGCAUUAUUGUCUUACACAGUGACAUGUAAAGCCAGGAAUGGGCUUUCUGUUCAAGCACCGUCGAGCAAAAUGUCCUCAGUAUUUAAGCUAAUUAAUAUGUAACUGAUAAUGAGAUUGUCAAUAUCACACCAGAUUAUAGCUGUUGUCACUGGCCUGUUUAAGAUAAUGUAAUUAUUUCGUUUGAGUGGAUGAUGACAGUGAAGGUAAUGGAGCUGGUGGCAAUAACACUGUUAACUGAUGCGGUCCUGGCGAUGAUGAUGGCAAUUAAUUAUCAUGGAAGAUACAAAUAAAGUCAAUCUGCUUGGUAUACCAGGA